GGCUGUGGAGAAGGCUCUUACCGCUAAGGAAGCGGAGAAUAAGAUCUGGAGGGAGCACUACACCAAGCACCCCUUUCCAUAAUACUUGAUUAUAAGCUAAUUGAAAAAGUAUUAUAAUAUGUAAGGUUGAAGAAGCGCUAAAAUAAAACUAAAAAUGAAAUUAUAGAAAGAGUAUUAUAUUAGAGUGAAACAAAAAAAAAGGUGGUACUUACUUUUUGAAAGCCUGCUAAAUUGUAAAAAGUAAAAGCAUUUUCUCUACUCCUCUCCAUUGAAAAAAAAGAACUAUUUUCACUCUCUUGCACAUACAUGAUAUUGCUUCUCUCAACUCCGGUAACCAAGCUCUCACACACAGACUUGUGGUCAUCUCUCUCAAAUCCAGUAGCCAUAUUUUCUUCUUUGGAAACAUUUUCAUGGGUGGUAAUCUGUGGAGCAGCUGAAAUCAAUGAUCCAAAGUUAACUGUACAUGGAAAGCCUCUUGGACUAGACUUUAUGCGAGUAUGGGUUGAUGCUGAUAUUGUACUAGAAUCUUACUUAUUUCGUCCUAAUAAUGCGAUGCUUACAAUACAAGAAGCAGUUGGUUCAACAGUUGCAUGGCCUUCUAAAAAAGUUAUUCCAAGAGAUACAUUUUCAUACUAAAAAAAGAAUCAAUGUCUUAUAAUUUAGUGUUUGGUUUCUUUGUUUGCUUUGGUGUAGUUGUGAAUUUAUUAUUUUGUAUGUGGUGUCCUCUCUUGGAAAUAAUUUCCAUAGCAUUUUUCUUGAAGUAAUUUGUGAUGC